AUGUCAGGCACGGCAACGGGCCACGGCCUGUCACGUAUUUACUGUUCCAGUGGAUACAUUGUCUGCUCUUCAUAUAUUAACGGCAAUUUGCCUAUGAAGGGGACUGUUCCAGUGCCAGUGAGCAGAUAUAAUGAAUCUAAGGUGAAAAGCGGCCUGCAGCAGAGAGAGCUACCAAUCAGUGAUGAGACGGCAACAUUUACUUGGAGCGAGACUGCAGGUUCUCUAUUGAAGGUGAACAUUCGAAUACUGUUCUUCAAUGGUGCGUGGCCACUGACAGAGUUCGCCCUGUAUUACGUCUACACCGCAGCCGUGUUCCUGGCGAGUCUCGCCAAUAUGGCCGAAGCCGCCGUGGGCAUCGCCUUCGGACAGGGCAGCAUGGAAGAGAUCACACUGGUGCUGCCCAACACGCUGACCACGGCCUGCGGUGUAGUCAAGCUGGCCUUCUUCUUGCGCGACCACCGACGCUACUACGCCCUGGUGCGACGAACGGAGCGUCUGGUGAUGUCCCAGGAGGAACUGGCAGGAGGGGCAGCCGAAGCCUGUGCACGUGACGUGAGCCGCCGCGUGCGCGCCUUCGCCCUGUUCGUGGUCGCUCUCAUCUGCGUCCAGGGCGCCGUCUGGUGCCCCAUGCCGCUUAUCGCCUACCCAGGCGAGAGGAAACUGCCGUUUGGACAGCUACCCAGCACCAAUUACACUCAGGUGCCAGUGUACGAGUUAUCAUACGUACUGCAGUGCAUGUCGAGUUUCACCAUCGCUAACGUCACACUAGGCUUCGACUGCCUCUUCAUGGGCAUCAUGGAGUUCCUGGGAGCGCAGCUCGACCUACUAACCUUACGACUCAGAAGCCUCCGACAGGAUGCGGCCUUAUGCACCACCGGGCAGAAAGACGGACGAGGCUGUGCUGUUCAGGCAACGAAAGGGCACGACAGCGCCCACAGGGAGCUGUGUCUCUGUAUAGAGAGGCAUCAGGAGAUCAUCAGGUUUACCAGAUACCUGGAAGAAACCAUGAGCCCUGUCGCAAUGACACAAUUCAUGUUCAGCGUUCUGUCUGUCUGCGUACUGCUGUUUCAGGCCACAUAUAGCGAUGACUUCAGCGCUGUAUUUCGGUGCGUGGCUUUCCUGCCCCUACCUGGCGGACAGAUGUACAUCUACUGCUGGGCCGCUCAUCGCAUCACGGAGAAGGCGGAGGCGCUGUCUAUGGCGGCGUACAGCUGCCAGUGGGUGGAGUCCAGCCAGUGCUUCAAGCGCUCCCUGGCGAUCGUCAUAUUACGGGCGCAGCAGCAACUGGUCAUCACCGCAGGGCACCUCUAUCCAGUCAACAGAACCACUUUUGUCUCGCUUGUGAAUGCAUCUUACUCGUACUACGCGCUACUGGGACAGAUCAACAAGCGUUAAUGUGUGCUUUCUUCUGUGAUACUAUUCCAUAACGAAGAUGAAGAUGAGCUACCAACCUCUAUAACCAAUAUGUGCUAUGAAUCCACUCAUAGCGCUGGUGAUUGUGCAAACAAUGAACAUAUUUGGAAGACAGUAUUACUUGUAAAUCAAUAUUAAAAAAUCUUAUGUAAAAAAUCAUUUGCAGAUUAUUGUGUUAAACUUAUUUUUCUAAGUUGAAUGGGUCUAGAGAGAGAACUGCAUCUAAUUCGUUAGAUGUAACUGUACAUGC